AUGGCUGCGACCUACGGCUCCGGCUCCCAGAGGGUGCGCCGGCUUUCCAGCAUCGAUGCGACUCGGGCCGACCUGUAUGGCGGACCUAACGUCGUCGUGCCCCCGAAGCAUCUGAUGGCCUCCAGCGAUGCCCAUGACACGGCCAUUGAGAUGGCGAUGGCAAAGCAGCACCUGGAUGAAGAAGUUUCCUCGGAGGAAGAGUCUCCUCGUGUCGCCUCACCCCUCACAAGGACUACCCGUAAUCUCACGACAGCUGAUGAAUUCGCUCUGGCAUUUGACAUCGAUGGUGUCCUCAUCAGAGGAGGUCAGGCUAUCCCCGAGGCUGUCGAUGCGUUGAAGUAUAUCAACGGCCAGAACCCGUACGGCGUCAAGAUUCCCUACAUCUUCGUAACGAAUGGUGGAGGCAAGACCGAAGAGGAACGGUGUCUGGAUCUCAGCCGGCAGCUCGAAUUGGAGGUCUCACCCGGCCAGUUCAUCUGCGGACACACUCCCAUGCGAGAGAUGGCCGAGAAAUACCAGACAGUCCUUGUGGUCGGCGGCGAGGGUGAGAAGUGCCGGAUCGUAGCCGAAGGUUACGGCUUCAAGGACGUCAUCACCCCAGGCGACAUCAUCAAGACACGACAGGAUACGACACCAUUCCGAAAGCUGACUGAAGAAGAAUACAACAACUCACGCGUCCGCGACUUCAGCAAGACGCCCAUCGAGGCCAUCUUCGUCUUCGCCGACAGCCGGGACUGGGCUGGGGACCAGCAGAUCAUCCUCGACGUCCUCAUGUCGAAGAACGGAUACCUAGGCACCCGCUCGGAGACAUUUGACGAGGGCCCCCCAUCUUCUUCUCCCACAACGAUAGCCUCGCUCGAGGCCCUCUACAAGGCCGUCACUGGCAAGGAACUGACCACCGUCGCAUUCGGCAAGCCCCAGCUCGGCACGUACCAGUUCGCCACCCGCCUCCUCCGCCAAUGGCGCAAGGAUACCCACGGCAUCGACAAGGCCCCUUCCACCGUCUACUUCGUCGGAGACACCCCGAGUCCGACAUCCACGGGCGUGUACCAGGAAGGGACCAUCCCGCGGUAUCCGCCCAAGAAGACCUGCGCUAAUGUGCUCGAGGCCGUCAAGUUCGCCAUGAACCGCGAGAUGUCGAAGCAGGUCGAUGAGUCUGCCAUUAUCGAGGAUGAUGCUGAUAUGGAUUCCGGCAUUGACUCCGAGUCAGCCGCGACGCACUAG